UGUCCGUCCCCAGCAACAGUUCUUGAACGGGGAUAGGUUUUUGGCAAUCGGCUUUGUUGGUCUAAGCUUUAUUUUGUUAUCCGAAGCAAUACCGAAUACUAGAAAAAUGGUGCUACCAAUAUUGCAGCGCACCUCAGCUACGCUCCGUAGCGUGCAACAGCUGAAUAAACCAUGGUUGGCCGCAAUUACCAGCUCCCGGAUGGCCUCACAAGAGUUUCGUUUGGAGAGCGACACGUUUGGCGAGUUGAAGGUGCCAGCAGAUAAAUAUUAUGGUGCCCAGACGAUGCGUUCCCAAAUCAAUUUUCCCAUUGGCGGAGCCACGGAGCGUAUGCCGAAACCGGUGGUACAAGCCAUGGGCAUACUGAAGAAAGCCGCCGCAGAGGUGAACAAAGAGUUCGGCCUCGACCCGAAAGUUAGUGAAGCCAUCUCAAAAGCUGCCGAUGAUGUUAUCUCCGGAAAACUGUAUGCAGACCACUUCCCAUUGGUGAUCUGGCAGACGGGUUCCGGCACCCAGAGCAACAUGAACGUCAAUGAGGUGAUCAGCAAUCGGGCUAUCGAGCUGCUGGGUGGCAAGCUCGGCUCGAAGACUCCCGUACAUCCCAACGAUCAUGUGAACAAGUCGCAGAGCUCCAAUGACACCUUCCCCACUGCCAUACACAUUUCGGUGGCUCUGGAGCUGAACAACAACCUCAAGCCGGCCAUCAAGACGCUGCACGAUGCGCUCCGUGCCAAGUCCGAGGAGUUUAAGGACAUCAUCAAGAUCGGACGCACCCACACAAUGGACGCUGUGCCCCUCACCCUGGGCCAGGAGUUCAGUGGCUAUGCCCAGCAGCUGGCCUAUGCUCUAGAGCGAAUCGACGCGUGUCUUCCCCGUGUCUACGAAUUGGCUCUCGGUGGCACAGCUGUCGGCACCGGUCUGAACACCCGCAAGGGCUUCGCCGAGAAGUGCGCCGCCAAGAUCGCCGAACUCACAAAACUGCCAUUUGUAACAGCGCCUAAUAAAUUCGAAGCGCUCGCCGCUCGCGAUGCUAUGGUUGAGGUUCACGGGGUGCUGAACACCAUUGCCGUCAGUCUGAUGAAAAUUGCCAACGAUAUACGCUUUUUGGGCUCUGGACCACGCUGCGGCCUCGGCGAGCUGAUGCUGCCCGAGAACGAGCCCGGCAGCUCGAUUAUGCCCGGCAAAGUGAAUCCCACACAGUGCGAGUCCUUAACCAUGCUGUCGGCCCAAGUAAUGGGCAACCAGGUGGCUGUUACCAUCGGUGGCUCCAAUGGACACUUCGAGCUGAACGUCUUCAAGCCACUGAUUGUGUCCAACGUGCUCCGCUCCAUUCGACUGCUGUCCGAUGGCAGUCGCACAUUUACGGCUAACUGCGUAAAUGGCAUCCAGGCCAACCGGGAUCGCAUUGCAAAGAUCAUGAACGAAUCACUUAUGUUGGUCACCGCUCUGAAUCCGCACAUUGGUUACGACAAGGCGGCGAAAAUAGCGAAGACGGCGCACAAGAAUGGCACCACACUGAAGGAGGAGGCCAUCAAUCUGGGCUAUUUAACCGAACAGCAGUUCAACGAUUGGGUUAAGCCCGAGGAAAUGCUGGGACCCAAGUAGGCGUCCAACCAACAGACACAUUCUAGAACAUAAGCAAAAAGUCAAACAACUGGGAACGGCAGCAGGCUUCGACAAAGUCGACCUACUCGACUCGACUCAGUCGAUUAGUCAGUUGAAGCAUUGUCGUCGUUUGGUAAACAUUUUUUUCGCCUUUCCAAACUCGAUCAGAAAACAUAGCCCGGAAUAAAAUUGAAAAGAAAAA